GUUUAUAAAUUGCUAAACGUAUAUGAUGUUGGAAUAUAAGAAGGAUAUUUUUUCUUUUAGCUGUGAUCCUGUCGAUAAUCACCGUCGUCGGUAACAUAAUGGUAAUGGUGAGCUUCAAAAUUGACAAGCAACUGCAGACGAUCAGCAACUACUUCUUGUUCUCGCUGGCCGUAGCAGACUUCGCCAUUGGCCUCAUCUCGAUGCCGCUCUUCACCAUUUAUACUUUGCUGGGAUAUUGGCCACUGGGACCAAUUGUGUGCGACACGUGGUUGGCCCUUGAUUACUUGGCAAGCAAUGCGUCUGUGCUCAAUCUGCUCAUCAUUAGCUUUGACAGGUACUUUUCGGUAACUAGGCCGCUGACCUACCGGGCGAAGAGGACUACCACGAGAGCAGCUGUCAUGAUAGCGUAA